AUAUUAAUGAUUCUGUGUAUUUUACAGCAUGAGAAGGCCUCUAGGCUCAUGUUUGACCACCUAGUGGAUGUCAAUGGUUUGGAGCGGCUGAUGAAGAAGCAUGGCCUGAUAGUAGACGAGAAAAACGAUAAAAAUGACCUGGUCUUCAUCAAAGAGCUGAUUGAAGGAAAUCCCCCGAGUGACAAAUGGCAAUGUAAGGGCCGGGACGAGAGCAAGUCCUUCCUCUAUGAAAUAGUGGCAAACAAGCUGAAUGGAAUUGAUGUGGACAAGUUUGACUACUUUGCCAGGGACGCCUACCACCUGGGCAUACAGAGCAACUUUGACCAUAAGCGCUUCAUCAUGCUUGCCAGGGUGUGUGAAGUGGACGGACUGAAGCACAUCUGCUCUAGAGACAAGGAGGUGGGCAAUCUAUAUGACAUGUUCCACACAAGGUACUGUCUCCACAGAAGAGCCUGUCAACACAAAGCAAACACAGCCAUACAGAUUAUGAUCAGUGAUGCCUUCUUAAAAGCAGAUGAGCACAUCCAGAUUGAGGGCUCAGGAGGGAAGAUGUUCACUCUGUCCACAGCCAAAGAUGACAUGGAGGCCUACACCAAGCUGACAGAUCAGGUGUUUGAGAGAAUACUCCACCCCUGGUCGCCUUCUCCAGAGCUGAAGGAAGCUGGCAAGAUUCUGAAGAAGAUCAUCUCUCGAGACCUGUACAAAUUUGUGGGUGAAACCAAGGAAGAUGUGUCCUUCCAGGAGGCUGAGCAGGUCUACUGCUGUGGUCGGUUGGCCAUCAACGGUCAGGGAGAUAGUGACAUCACAGACUCUGUGACCACAGAGGCCACAGGAGCAGAGUUCAUCAUUAUUUUACCUGUUCAUAAGUAA